AAUGUUUAUUUUAAGCAGAACUGAAAAUAAUGAAAAUUCCCUUUUAUACAGUAAUAGGGCCAUUAGUAAGAAAAAAUAAAGUUUUUGUGAACAAUAUUUGUUCCAAUCCUGCCCUGGCUAUAGCUCCAAUAUAUGUUGGUGUGUUAGGAAUUUUAGGUGUUGGGUUGAGUUUAUUUGAUAUUUUAAGAAUUAUCAAAUGUGGACCUACUUUACCGAGAUAUUUGUCAAGAGAAAGAAUUAAAAAUGAGAAAAUAAUAACAGCCGAAGCAGAAAGAGACUUUAAACUUAUAUGUUUGGUUUUGUCAACAGAAUAUUACUUAUUUUUACUGAUUGGAUUAUUCACGGACAAUCCAAUCUUCUUUAUGCCCUUUUUAUGCCUUUACACUGUAAUAAUAUUAUUGGAAAUAGUAGUAUUUAUAACAAGAAUAUUUCUUGAUGGCUUUCAUUUCCAAAAACGUCAAAUCAUUAUGACUGGUUUUAUGGUAUAUAAUUGGCUGUCUGUCUUCUGUACUUUUGCUAGAUCAAUGUCUUGUUGUGACCUGUAAAUUAUAGAGAAAUCACGGUUAUAUUAAAAAUUUAUAUGCUUAAUA